AACAAUAACAACCCUAAUAUUCAUCACCAAAAACCCUAAACCCCAAAAGCUUCUUUCUUUGCCCCGCCAUUGUUGAAGCUCACGAUAACAACAACACUGCAAAACAAUGAGACCCCCAAGAGGUGGCGGCCGUGGUGGCGGUUUCAGAGGCGGCCGUGAUGGAGGCUUUAGAGGUGGUCGUGACGGAGGAGGCUUUCGUGGUAGACCUGGUGGUCGUUUCGGUGGUGGCUUUCGUGAUGAAGGUCCUCCAUCAGAAGUUGUAGAGGUUUCAACUUUUAUUCACGCUUGUGAAGGAGAUGCUGUUACAAAGCUUACAAAUGAGAAAAUUCCAUUUUUUAAUGCUCCUAUUUAUCUGCAAAACAUGACUCAGAUUGGUAAAGUUGAUGAAAUAUUUGGUCCAAUCAAUGAAUCUUACUUUUCAAUUAAAAUGAUGGAAGGGAUUGUUGCUACUUCAUACUCAGCUGGUGACAAGUUUUACAUUGACCCUAGGAAACUCUUGCCUCUUGCAAGAUUUCUUCCUCAACCAAAGGGACAAGCAUCAGGCAGUAGAGGUGGAGCAACUGGUUUUGGUAGAGGUCGUGGUCGUGGAAGUUUUCGUGGAAGGGGUCCUCCAAGAGGUGGAAGAGGUCCUCCUAGGGGUGGACGUGGUGGUUUCAGGGGAAGGGGAAGAUUCUAGGGAAAUUUCAACUUCAUGUAAUAUUAGCUGUUUUCAUCAAUCAUUUUGCAUGGAUUAUCACAUAGGGUUCCAAUUGAAGUUUGAUGCUGAAUUGACUUUUUAUUUAACUUAUGAAUUGAACGGUUCCAUUUGAGUGUUGCUUAUAAUGUUGUAUGUUAUCAUAUCACCAUGACAGGGUUGGUUGAGUUUGGUUUUCGUCUAAA